AGAGAGCAGAGCGCGCCAGAGAGAGCGCGAGAGAUUGAGGGAGCGAGUCCGAGCCGACCUAGAGGAGACACGGCGAGAAAACAGGGCCCGAAGACCUACGGUUUGAGACUGAAUGACCAUGGCUGUCUCCGCAUCCCCGGUGAUCUCUGCAACUUCCAGCGGAGCCGGCGUCCCAGGGGGCUUAUUUCGGGCAGAAAUCUCGUACUCGACUCCUGGAGAGCCUUCUCGUCUCACACAUAAUAUGAUCAAUAGUUUCAUGGCCAAUAACCACAGCGGCAGCUCUGGUGUUGGCGGGAUCGGUGGAGCCAGCGGAGGCAGCGGCAACACUAACACCAACGAGUGCAGGAUGGUCGACAUGCACGGUGUUAAGGUGGCUUCAUUCCUUAUGGACGGUCAGGAAUUGAUUUGCCUGCCGCAAGUCUUUGAUCUCUUCCUGAAGCACCUGGUGGGAGGGUUGCACACGGUAUACACCAAGCUGAAAAGACUGGACAUAUCCCCCGUGGUGUGUACUGUGGAGCAGGUCCGGAUCCUCCGCGGUCUGGGGGCCAUCCAGCCUGGGGUGAACCGCUGCAAACUCAUCACCAGAAAAGACUUUGAAACUUUGUUCACCGAUUGCACCAAUGCCAGAAGGAAGAGGCAAAUGACAAGAAAACAAGCUGUUAACAGUUCCAGGCCUGGCAGGCCUCCUAAGCGUUCUUUGGGAGUGUUGCAGGACAAUGUUCACCUUCUGCCGCAUUCAGUCCCCAGCCUUUUAUCACCAGGACUUAUCACUCCGACAGGUAUAACAGCUGCAGCAAUGGCUGAGGCAAUGAAGCUGCAGAAGAUGAAGCUUAUGGCAAUAAACACUCUUCAGGGAAAUGGAAACCAAAAUGGGACUGAGUCAGAGCCUGAUGAUCUUAAUUCUAACACUGGUGGAAGUGAAUCCUCCUGGGAUAAGGAUAAGAUGCAAUCUUCUCUUGCUGUUCCUGGACCCCAACAUGGACUUGCUCAUGCAGCCCUGGCUAGCCAGCCAGGCCUUGGGGGUACUCCUGCCCUCAAUCCACUGCAGCAGAACCACUUACUGACUAAUAGACUGGAUCUGCCAUUUAUGAUGAUGCCUCAUCCCCUACUUCCAGUCAGCUUACCUCCUGCAUCAGUUGCCAUGGCAAUGAAUCAGAUGAACCAUCUCAAUAAUAUUGCCAACAUGGCUGCUGCAGCCCAGAUUCACAGUCCACUCUCCAGAGCUGGGGCUUCUGUUAUAAAGGAACGGAUCCCAGAGAGUCCUUCUCCUGCCCCCUCUCUGGAAGAGAAUCAUCAUCCUGACAGUCAGAUUUCCUCCCACCCCAGCAGCAGUGUGUCCAGCUCUCCCUCUCAGAUGGAUCACCAUUCAGAGAGAAUGGAAGAAUUACAAUUUCAAAUCCCAAUGAUGAAGUCACCCUUGGACAAGAUCCAACUGACCCCUGGCCAGGCAUUGUCUCCUGGAUUCCCUGGACCAUUCAUUUUUGCUGAUAGUCUGUCCUCCGUGGAGACUCUGUUGACCAACAUUCAGGGUCUACUGAAAGUGGCUUUGGAUAAUGCUCACUUCCAGGAGAAGCAGAUUCAGCAAGAAAAAAAGGAACUGCAAAUGGAGCUCUAUAGAGAGAGAGAAAUUAGAGAAAACCUUGAAAGACAACUUGCAGUUGAGCUUCAAAGCAGAACUACCAUGCAAAAGCGUCUAAAGAAGGAGAAAAAAGCCAAGAGAAAACUGCAGGAAGCCUUGGAAUUUGAAUCAAAGCGCCGGGAACAAGUGGAACAAGCACUUAACCAAGCCACUACUGGUGACAGUGGCCUGAGGAUGUUGAAAGAUACUGGAAUUCCAGACACUGAAGUAGAAAACAAUGGGACUCCUCAUAAUAGUACUGCUAUGCAAGGAAAGUAGAAUUCAAGUACAUCUAGAGCUCUUAGUGUGGCUCAAAAAUUGCAGGUCUGUGUACUGGUCACAUGUACUU